AUGAAGUAUUUAGAGUAAACCUUUCAAAAACUCAUAAAUACCAAAGAACUUAAUAUCUUUAGCAGCUAAGAUAUUAAACAGAUAGUAAUUGAAAGUUCAAAGGGGAUUUUAUUUGGAAUAAAAGAUAAUAUUGAUGUCGCUUAAAGCAAGACUACUGGUGGCUGCAAGGCGUUUGAUAAUCAUUUCUCUUAAUUCGAUUGCUCCUUAUGGUCCAAAUUAAAACUAAAUGGAGCCCUGAAUGGGGGCAGAACUAUAAUGCAUGAACUAGCUUAUGGUACUACUACAAUGAAUGAGCAUUAUGGAUAUGUCAGGAAUCCUUAUGAUACAAGCAGAACAGCAGGAGGAUCUAGUGGUGGUUCAGGCGCUCUAGUGGGUGCUGGUAUAUUUCAAGCUGCUUUAGGCACUGAUACUGGUGGAUCAAUUAGAAUACCUGCAGCCUAUUGUGGAGCAGUGGCUGGGUGUAUGGAUGAUAUAGCUUAUCUUGACGAGAUAGUCAGUGGCUAGACUCAUAUUUAAAAUGUUGAUAAUCCUAAAAUAGUGAGAUUAGGAGUGCCUAGCAAGCACUAUUUUGAUAAUUUAGACACUUCAGUUUCUAUUUAGAUUAAGAGCGCAAUAGAUAAUCUGAGAAGUAAAGGUAUGCAAAUUAUUGAAAGUGAUUCAAUCGAUUACGAAUUUGAAAACAUUUUAAAGGCAGUAGGCAUUGUAUUAGAACAUGAAUUUCCAUAAUGCCUGGAUUAAUACUUGAAAAUGCAUAGACUAAAUCUUACAAUGGAUGAUAUUCAUAAGUAAAUUUCCUCUCCAGAUCUAUUAGAGGAUUUUGCUUAAUGUAUUCUAAAUCCAUAGCAUGAUAAAACUAGGUUAGAUUAUGAGAUAGCAGUAUUUAAGACUCGAUAGGAAUUAAUUAAUGCUACAAGUGCAUAUUUUGAAAGAAAUAAAUUGGAUGCUAUGAUUUAUCCUACAAGCAAAAUCAUGCCUUUUAAAUUUGAAGACUAUGAUAAAACAGAUAUGACUAUUCCUCAUAAUGGCCAGAGAGUCAAGUAAAUUGGUAUAUCCAUUGAAAAUACUGUACCUGCUUCAUUUACAAAUAGCCCUUGCAUAUCUUUACCAAUAUCUUUCAAUGAUACUGAUUUUCCAAUUGGCUUAGAAAAUCAAUGCCAAAAUGGAGAAGACUAGAAACUUAUUGCUAUAUCUAAAAUGAUUGAAUAAAUCCUUAGAAAUUGA